AUGGCUGCUCCUGGUCGCGUAUGCGCUCGAUGCGCUGUCAUUAAGCAACGCUGUGAUGGCGCCUCGCCCUGCUCUCGUUGUGCACGUCUGGGCCACAUCUGUGAGCCUCAAAAGCCCGGAAGACCUGCCUCUGAAGUCCCGUCGCUAGCUUAUCGCCGACCUAGGGCUUCCCGAUCGCGCGGUGGAUGUACCUCCUGCAAGGCGCGCAAGAAGAAGUGUGAUGAAAGCCGACCUCGAUGUAGCGAUUGUCGUCGUUUGAACUUACCAUGCCACUGGAAUAACCCAAGGGAGAAGUCUUCGUCACCAGCCCUCGCCUCUCCGCAGCCGUCGCCUACGUCUUCCUCUUCCGAAUUUACUCACGAACCCAUCCUAUCUUCCGAUUCGGAUCCAGUCUCAGAGGUCGAUCCGAUCUCCCCUUCCGAGAACCUUUUAUCGUCCGUUAGCGAUGAUCUGCUAUCUCCAUUCUCGCCCCUCUGGAUCGAUGUGGAGAUGAUCCUCGGACCCAUUCAGUUUCCAGAUGGCGCAUUCAAUCCCCAUCUGCACAAUGACGACGAUCGUAGUCUAUUCAACCACUAUGUACAUAUCGUGUCACGAGCACUUUCACGUUCCACGACCACUGAAUCCACGACGAACCCAUUCCUAGCCACCCUGCUACCAAUGGCCGCCGCAUCGGAGACGCUAACUAGCGUCAUACUAGGCCUUAGUGGCUGUCACUGGCGGCGCAUCUAUCCCCAAAUCUGGGACCGUGCCCUAGCGCGUCAAGGAAAAGCCCUAGCACAAGUGAGCAACCUACUCCGUCGACCGAACCAAAACAGCCAAUCAUUCCUCGAGGCCUGCGCCACCAUUCUCCUGCUCUGCCUCACAGAGCUAUUCGAAGGCACCUCUCGCGUCUGGAAAUGGCAUCUCAAAGCGGCAGGAAACCUCCUCAGUACUGCAGCAGCUGCCACCGAUCUGCAUCGCCUGGCAUCAACCCCAGAAGGAACCUUCUGCCUCCAACUCUUCCACUACCUCGACGCCAUGUCCACCAUAUCCAGAUGCAAACCCCCAUUAUUACGUGCAGGCGAGCGACUCACUGACCUUACCUCAUCAACUUCCUCCUCUUCCCUCCCAGUACCCCUCGGAGACAACUCCAUCUCCGGCAUCCCACCACCCCUACUAGAAUACCUAGGCCGGGUCAACCUCCUCGCCGCCCACCGCAGCCGACGCGUCGACGACCUCUCCGAGAUCGGAUUCCGAGCAGCCGCUGCGCACGUGCGCGCCCAGCUCGAUACCUGGCGAGUGGAACACGAUGCGACCAGCACUGUUCUGACAAACAGCGACGCAGACAGAGCAACAACAGCCUUUGAAUGGGCGAUCCGGUUACGACUACAUCAGAUCGUGGACGGCUAUGAUCCACACCAUGCAGACGUGGAGAAUGCUCUCUCUCACAUCCUGACAGCCGCGCUGGCGAUUCCUUAUGGUAGUCCCGUGGAGGGUAGUCUGCUGUUUCCGUUGGUGAUUGCUGGCGCUAGUUGUAGGGAUAGCAUGGAGCGGAGGAUGGUUGUUAAGGAGCGGUUGAUAGUGAUGGAGAACACGUUGGGGUUUGGACAUAUCUCGCAUGCGAGACGGUUACUGGAGACGGUGUGGGCUGAUGAGGGCGGGGAUGGGAAUUGGGCGAGAAUAAGGUAUAGUUCGUUUCCUGGGGUGGUGUUUGUUUAG